GUUUGGUUAUUUCCAUUGGAGAAAAGGGGGAUUUUCGCCGAUUCUUUUCAUAAAUUACAAAUGAAGUAGAAAUGGAAGGUUUAAUUCCUGUUAUUAACAAAUUACAAGAUGUGUUCAACACUGUCGGAUCAGAAACAAUUCAGCUGCCGCAAAUCGUUGUUAUUGGCAGCCAGAGUGCCGGAAAGAGCUCAGUGUUAGAAGGUUUGGUUGGGCGAGACUUCCUGCCCCGUGGUACAGGGAUAGUGACAAGAAGACCGUUAAUUUUACAGUUGAUCCAAAUUACAAAGGAUGACAAAGAGGCCAGGACCCUUGACACUGGAGAGAUCAUCAAAGCUGAAGAAUGGGGGAAAUUCUUACAUACAAAGAACAAAAUUUACACAGAUUUUGAAGAAAUAAGAGAGGAGGUCAGCAAUGAAACAGAAAGAAUGGGAGGUACAAACAAGGGCAUAUGUUCAGAGGCAAUCAAUCUGAAGAUAUACUCACCCCAUGUGAUCAGUUUGACAUUAGUUGAUCUACCAGGUAUGACAAAGGUACCAGUAGGGGACCAACCAUCUGAUAUAGAAAUGCAAAUUCGUGCAAUGUGCAUGGAAUACAUUGGUAAUCCCAACUCAAUUAUUUUAGCCGUUUCUGCAGCAAAUACAGACAUGGCUACAUCUGAUGCAAUGAAACUGGCCAAAGAGGUUGAUCCUGAUGGUCGUAGAACAUUAGCAGUAGUAACCAAGCUGGACUUAAUGGAUGCUGGUACUGAUGCCAUGGAAAUACUUUGUGGUCAUGUGAUACCUGUGAAACUAGGAAUAAUUGGUGUAGUUAAUAGAAGUCAGGCAGAUAUAAAUAAGAGAAAAGAUAUGAGAGAUGCAUUGAAGGACGAGGCCACAUUUCUACAGAAAAGAUAUCCUAGUAUAGCCAGCAGAAAUGGGACAGCACAUCUUGGUAAAACCCUUAAUAGGUUGCUGAUGCAUCAUAUUCGCGACUGUCUACCAGAAUUAAAGACGAGGGUGAAUGUUCUCAUAGCACAGUUCCAAUCACUGUUAAAUACAUUCGGGGAACCUAUUGAAGAUAAGAGCCAGUUACUGCUACAGAUUAUUACAAGAUUUGCAUCGGCUUAUUGCAGCACUAUAGAGGGAACAUCCCGUAAUAUAGAGACUACUGAACUGUGUGGUGGAGCAAGAAUCUGUUAUAUUUUCCACGAGACAUUUGGUAGAACAUUAGAAACUAUAGAUGCUCUUCAAAAUCUUAAUACAAUGGACAUUUUAACUGCUAUACGAAAUGCAACGGGACCUCGUCCAGCACUAUUUGUACCUGAUAUAUCAUUUGAGUUGUUAGUGAAAAGACAGAUUAAAAGAUUAGAAGAACCAAGUUUAAGAUGUGUGGAAUUAGUUCAUGAAGAAAUGCAGAGAAUUAUUCAACAUUGUGGAACACAGCAGGAGAUGUUGAGGUUUCCACGACUACAUGAUAAGAUUUUAGACGUUGUUACACAUUUAUUGAGGAGAAGAUUACCACCUACAAAUACCAUGGUAGAGAAUAUAGUUGGUAUAGAAUUAGCCUACAUCAACACGAAGCACCCCGACUUCCAUGAAGCCCAGAUGGUGCAUAGAGCUGUUACCAAUGAUCAUGAUGGUAUGAAACAGCUACAGAAGGAGAUGCAGCAAAAAGUUUACAUGCAGCAACUUGAUGACAGGGAAAAUAGGUCACAAUCACCAACGAGAGCCGACCCUAAUGCUGGAAACUGGAAAAUUUCCAAUUUGUUAAGAAAUAAUCGGAGUGAACCUAGUGGAUCUGGGGACUCUUUAGCUGUUCCGCCUGGCUCUGAACCUCAGUCACAACCUGGUAGUAACCCAGGAAGUACCGUUGCCUCCCCAGCCCAUGGCAGAAAGGGAUUAAAUCUUCUUCCAGAGGUGCCCAAAACUAUACCAGCUAGAAAAUUAACAAGUAGGGAGCAUAGAGAUGUGGUACUAGUAGAAAAACUAAUAAAGUCGUAUUUUAUGAUUGUGCGGAAGAAUAUACAGGACAGUGUUCCGAAGGCAAUCAUGCAUUUCCUAGUAAAUUAUAUAAAGGACAACUUACAGAGUGAGCUAGUCAGGCAGUUGUACAAGAAAGAGGAAAUAGACAUGUUGCUAGAGGAGUCGGAACAUGUGGCGACACGCAGGAAGGAGGCACAGGAAAUGGUUCAGGCACUCACUCGAGCCAGUCAUGUGAUAGGGGAAAUCAGAGAGACGCAACUCUGGUGAACAAUGUAUUGAGUAAACUUUGUAUAUAUGACAAGAAGAAAGGCUGAUUACAAAAAGAAAGUUAGAGAUAUUGACAAUAAAACUUGCCUUCCAAGUGAUUGGAACAGCUGUUAAUUACAUAUGGCAAGCUGGUAAAUGGAACAGCCACUGACUGCAUUGAAUAACCUCACUCAGAAAUGCAGCUUGUGGAUGUUUGUUGUAAUAGAUUAUAUGUAUUUUAUAUAAUAUGGAAUUCAGAAGAUUAAAUGAUCAAUUUUGUAACAAGUUUAUAUUCAACAAAACUAUUUGUGGCUUUUUUUUAUCUGUUUUGGUAAUUUUCAAAGUUUUUCUACAAAUACUUAACAAUUUUAUGUAAGAAGUAAUAUAUAUAGUUUUUCCUUUAUAGAUGUACUAUAUCUUGUUGUUAUUUUUUUUAAUUUAAAUUGGUGGUAUUUUUUUUUGUUUCUAUAAAAAAACCUUUAAAUCUGCAUGGUCUGGUUCGGAUAUUUUGAAAUGAUUUACAAAAAAAUGAAAUAUUUUGAUGUGUACAUUUUUAUUAUAUUGAUUUUUUGUUUGUUGAAAUAAAAGUACAUUGUUAUACAAGUAUGCAAUUUUUCGCUUCGUUGAUCACGAGUGGUAAAGAACAAGUUCUGUAUACAGGUACAUAAAACUACGCUUUAACUUCUUGACAGCUAGAAAAAUUGUCAUUAAAUGCACCAUAUACCCGGUGUAUUUAGUAAGUGUUGUAAUAUUCAUUUUGUACUUGUUUAUUUGUAAUAAAGAAUAGGGUCUUGUUUGGCAAGGUGUCAAAUGUCACUUAAUCUGAACCAGUUGCCACUUCAUUAUUGUUAGUUGAGUUCUUUUAUUUGAGGCAGCUUCUCUUAUUAUUUUUGAAAGGAAAGUGGCUCCACCCUGUUAUAGGUUUUCAUUGGAAAUCAUGCAUGAAGGCACACCUAAGGCCAUAUUGUACUUUCUUAGUUGUGGUGAGAUUUCCUAUAGUGACUUUCAACAGUGUAACUAGAUACUCAUUCAGACAACAACAACAAAAGAUAACCUAAACAUGUAUAUUCCUUUCAGACAACUGACCUACACAUUUUUAUUGGUUUUGUUAAUGCUUAAAUGUUUGAUCUCUCAUUUUAUUUUCUGAUAUACAAACUUUUAUAAUGUAGGUGUUAUAGAACUUUGAAUGGUUUUAAAUCGUAAAUAAUCGUUAAAAUAAAAUGAUUAAUGCAUGUUUAGUAAAAAAUAAAAUAAAACUAUCAUCCAGAUUUCUUUUCAUAAUAUAUGCUCAUGUACUUGUAAAUCUAAAAAUAUAACAUUUGAAAAUACAAUCAUCAUGAUCAUAUUUGCAAAUUCAGUUUGUUAAAACAAAGGGACAGAAUAUUGAAAAAGUGGCAAUUAAAAAAAACAAUUGUCUCCCCUUUUCAAGUAUUUUUUAAAGGUAAAAAGUAAAAUUUUCCUUAACUUUUUAGGACAACAAUGUUGAAUGUAAUUAUUUCUUUUCCACCAUUGUUAAGUGUCAGGAACUCACUUCAUUUCAUUGUCAUUUAUAAAAUUGUUAUUGUAAUAUUAGAAAUAUUCAAUAUUUAUAUUGUUAUUAUGUAAAAUAUAUAGUACAUAAACUUCCUAUAAUGUAAUAAGUAAGGGAGACAAACCUGGUGGUUAUAGCAGUAUUACUAACUCUGUCUUAUUAUGAUUUACUAAAAACAAUUAGGGUCCUAUUAACUAAUGUAUUUAUGUUAGCAAAACACAUUUCAGGGUAUUAAAUAGUGUGAACUUAAUUUUUUUUAAAAGAGAGUACAGUUUGAAAAUUUUUGAGUUUGUUUAUUUAGGUGUGUAGUUAGUGAAUGUAGGGCAGGAGAAUGGAGAAGUUGGUGUGGAAAUUGACGUAAGGGGGAUAUUCAAAUAGGGGAAUUCCAUCCAUGAAAAAGUAUGAAAUGUGUUUUAUCAGUACAUUGAUUGUUUUUGUUUGUGUGUGGACUUUUUGUGUAUCUAUAUUAACUACAUUUUCUGUUCCUUUCCAAUACACAUGUUAUGUAUUUGAUGGAUUAAAUGGUUUUAAUUAGUGUAUGGACACUUGCAAAAAAUAGUUGAAACUGGUCAAUAUCAGAUAUUAAUGACUCUAAUAUUCAGAUGUUAUAAAGGGUUUUUAUAGUGUUUUAUUAUGGAUUGCAAGAUUGCUUACUAGUCAAUACUAGUGCAGUAGAUAUAGGUUGUUAAUAUUUAUAUAUUAACCUGUUGAUAAUCAACUUGUGUUCACUUUCAAUUUCACUGUUGUUGUCAGUCUUUUGUCUAACAAAAUGGCUGAAUCUUAUCAGUAUUGGAGGUGUGUAUAAAUGCUGUUAUUUGAUUGGCUAAUUAGACCUGUCAAUCAAACCUGGCAGAAAGGUUAAGUGAUCUUCUUGAUAAUAUUAUGCAGAUAGACCAUGUACAUCCAUACAUUAUCACAAUUAGACCAUGUAGAUCCAUAAAUUAUCACAAUUAGACUAUGGAGUUGAGUGCAUAUAAAUAACCUAUAGUUAAACCUUACAAAACCACAACGCAAUCAAAUUAUUAAGAUAAGUCUUGAUUCAGAUAGAUUUUGAUUUUUUUUUUUUACCAUUUCUGGUCUCUUUUGUAAAAAUUCUUAAGCAUUUGCAUGUGAAUAUCAUAUAUGUUUAUAGAGGAUCUUUCUUGAGUUAUCUCUUAAUACAAAUGUAUUAUUAUUGAGUUUAGGAAAGUGUUAUGUAGUAAACCUGUGGUGAAACAAGUUUGUGGUGAGAUUUUUUUAAACAUUUCCAGAACAAUUGUCUGCAUGAAAUGACAAGUAAUGUAGGAUUCACAUUAUGUUAUAAAUAGUAGAAGAGAAAUACAGCAAAACCACCUUUUCACAAGUCUUUUGAUAUCAAACUUCAGAAUAGCCAAUAAGAAAUUGGGUAUUUAUUGUUGUAUGUCUUGAAAGGAAUAUAUUUUCACCCUUACCACACUUAAUAACUUCUUUAUUUCAAUAUGUACUAAACAAUUCAUUAUUUUUAUGAAAUUAAAAAAGAAAAAAUCUUCUGACUGAAAAGCCAACAGUGCAAACCCUGAUCACAUGGCAUGAAUGUACCGGCUGGUCUUGGUUGGCACUGGUGUCAUGGGUAGAAUCAGUUGCAGCUAGCAGAGUAAUGAUUCAACAGUUAACGUGAUUUCUGUUAUCUAGCUAACAUAUAAUAAUGUGUACUGUAUAUAUUGUUUGAAAGAUAUUAUUAUGUACAAAACAUAUUUUUGAAUAUAAUUUCACUGUGAAUUGUUCCAUACUAAAAGUUUCUGAAAACUUACCUUGUUCACAAAAAUUGGGGCAAAAAUAGACUUCUACUUGUUGACCUCUAUGUACUUAUAGUAGAUCUUUACUUUUGAUAUACUUCAAGGUUAUACUGGUUCAGUUAUGUGCUGUUUCGAAAAUUAUAUUUGUUUAAGAAUUUUGUUUAAUUUAAUGGCAAUGUGUUACACCUCUUAUAGAGCUUCAAUGAAAUUCUCCACAGUAGAAAAGUGACUAAUUUCUUGUAUAAAAGUGCUAUUUUUUCUGUUGUUUGUUGACCAAAUAGAGAAAUCUGUGAUGAUUAUGUUGUAGUACUAAUGUAAGACAAUUUUUGUGUGCUCUGUUUUUUUUACAUUUUUUAUGCUCUUUCACCAUUAUGAUGGUAACACUUGAGUACUAAUCCAAGUUCUGGAUUCCAUGUGAAUGCAUUUAUACUGUUAAUGUGAAUAUUUGUCUUCAAAAUCUUACAAGAUAUAAAAAAAAUGUAAUAUAUUGUGUAUUUGUAGACUGUAAAACUAAAUUUAUUACCCAUGAAAUAAAUGGCUUAACAAACACUUAACUUUAAUUGCUAGGGAUCAAGCUUUUUCCAUGUCUACAGGGAUAAUUAGCUGAUUUCAGGUCAUGAUCAAUUAUAAAUGUAUUAUAAAUAAAAUUACAGUCAGGGCUGUCUAUGAAGGUCAGGUCAUUGGUAAUGAAAAAAGAACCUUAUUCAUAGGUUAUCAUUCUUAAAGUUUAACUGUAUUUGGAUUGAAUAGAAAGUUAAAUUCUGGUCUUUAUAUUCAGGUUUUGGUAGAUAUGGUCUUAAUAGAAAGGUGGUCAUUAACUCGGGAUAGACUGUAUAAAAUCAUUUAAUAUUCUGCAGUUUUAAUCUGAUAGCAUAAAGAAAUGAUCUUACUUCAAUGUAAGGAAAAUGUUAAGAUAACAUUUGGUUAUAGAAUAAGUAAAAUAUCUUGUAAUAAUUAUCAAUAAACUUUCUGUUGAAGUAUUUAUAAAGAGAUGCUAAGUUAUUUUCUUCCCUUGUUACUGUACAAUUUUUAAUAUUGUGAUACUCUAUGACUUUGAUUUGACUAUAGCCCAAUAUGCUUGAUGUCUUUAUUUUCUGGUACAAAUUUCUUGAAAAAUCUUGAUCUUCCCCAUUUCAGCACCACAUGACCUAAACUUUGUUGGUGCGGCGUAAAAACCAAACAAACUAACUUGAAAUAUCUGUGAAAGUUAAUGUGUAUUUUGUUUUUUUCUUUUACUUUUCUGCUCAAGACAAUGACAUAAUUUAUAGUUACAUGUACUUGAUGUAAGAGGAAAUUUGUAAACAAUAAAAGUACCAACAUUUUCA